UCAACCUCCGCAGGCAACUACAGAGGCCUGCCUGCCUCCGGUUAACCAAUCAUGCGGCCUUUCCCGCCACCCGCCGGGAUCCACCGCCACCGCCCCACCUAGUGCCUCCGCCGCCGCCGCCCGCCUGCGCCGUCGCGAUGGCGGCCGACCAGCACCCCCUCGACUCCUUCCUCGCCGCCGCCCGCGGCGCCCUCGCCCACCUCCACCUCCCCAUCCACCUCCCAGGAUCCGAUUCCGAUUCCAAGCAGCAGCAGCGGCAGCCGGACUGCCUCCUCCACCUCCACGUUGCGCUCGCCAACUUCCUCCACAAGCCCCUCCGCUCAUUCUCCAGAUGCUUCGGCAACGACGACCACCACAAGCCCAAGCGCGGCCGGGCCAAGCAUUCGCCGCCCUUGCCGCCGCUCCGGGACACUGGCAAGAAGCAGCAGGAGCAGCAGCUGGAGCUUCUGCUCUGCAUUGCGUUCGACGCCCUGGCGCACAACCUGCAGAUGCUGGAGGGCGCCUGCAAGCAGAAAGGCGAGGAAAUCGGCAGCGCCGCCCUGCGAAUCGACCAGUUUCGGGUUGUCAGGAAGGUGAUUGUUGGCAAGAAGGCUGACUUCGAUGGGUUCCUUUCCAACCUGGGGUUCGCCAGGGUUGGGGCACCGCCAGCGAGCUUUGGCGAUGACUUGCCUGCCUCGGCGCCACCAGCUGUUGGCCAGGAGGGCCCUGCGAGUGUGACUGGGGACAGAGAAGGGGCUGGCAGUGCUGGUGGUGAUGGUACUACUCCACAGCCGCCGCAGAAGUUUGCCGGCCGGUUGCUCAACAUCCCAUUGUCGAACGUGGAACGGCUGCGGUCGACUCUGUCCACGGUUUCGCUGACGGAGCUGAUCGAGUUAGUUCCGCAGCUGGUUGGCAGAUUGUCAACUUCGGUAGAUAGCCAUCCAGACAAGAAGAAGCUUUUCUCCGUGCAGGACUUCUUCCGGUAUGCUGAAUUCGAAGGAAAGCGAUUCUUUGAGGAGUUGGACAGAGAUGGUGAUGGUCAAGUCACCCUGGAAGACCUUGAAGUUGCAAUGAAAAAUAGGCGAUUGCCUAGGAGGUAUGCUCGGGAUUUGUUACGGCGCACCCGAAGUAACUAUUUUUCAAAAUCUAUUGGGUGGAAACAAUUUCAAUCCUUGAUGGAGCAGAAGGAGGCAACAAUCCUCCGGGCUUACACCACAUUAUGUUUGAGCAAGUCCGGGACACUUCACAAAAAUCAAAUCCUUGAAUCAUUAAAAGGUGCAGGCCUUCCGUCCAAUGAAGAUAAUGCUGCUGCCAUGCUGCGAUAUCUAAAUGCAGACUCUGAAGGAUCAAUUUCAUACAGCCACUUCCGCAGUUUCAUGCUUCUACUUCCUUCAGAGCGCCUUGAAGAUGAUCCUCGGAACAUUUGGUUUGAGGCUGCUACUCUGGUUGCAGUUCCCCCACCUGUAGAAAUAUCAGCUGGAAAUGUUUUGAAGUCGGCUUUAGCUGGAGGUCUUGCUAGUGCGCUUUCUACUUCUAUGUUGCAUCCUAUUGAUACAAUGAAGACACGUGUCCAAGCUUCUACGCUCUCAUUUCCAGAGCUCAUUGCAAAGCUUCCACAGAUUGGGCUUCGAGGACUCUAUCGAGGUUCUAUCCCUGCAAUUCUCGGACAGUUUUCAAGCCAUGGUUUGAGGACAGGAAUCUUUGAAGCAAGUAAGCUCAUAUUAGUAAGAGUGGCUCCAACACUUCCGGAGAUUCAGGUGCAAUCGUUGGCUUCCUUCUGCAGCACAAUCCUGGGGACUGCCGUCCGUAUUCCUUGUGAGGUUCUUAAGCAACGUUUGCAGGCUGGAAUAUUUGACAAUGUAGGGGAAGCCAUUGUUGGUACCAUGAAAAAAGAUGGCAUAAAGGGCUUCUUCCGUGGCACUGGUGCCACACUCUGUCGUGAGGUUCCAUUCUAUGUUGCUGGAAUGUGCCUCUAUGCUGAAGCUAAAAAGGGGGCACAACAUGUCUUGAACAGAGACUUGGAACCAUGGGAAACUAUAGCCGUCGGAGCAUUGUCUGGAGGGCUCGCAGCAGUUGUCACCACCCCUUUCGAUGUGAUGAAGACCCGGAUGAUGACUGCCCCUCCAGGCACACCGGUCUCCAUGCAGUUGAUAGUCUUUUCCAUCCUCCGGAACGAGGGCCCUCUCGGGCUCUUCAAGGGCGCGAUACCCCGCUUCUUCUGGAUCGCGCCUCUCGGAGCAAUGAACUUUGCAGGCUAUGAGCUCGCCAAGAAGGCGAUGAUCGAAGCUGAGAGCGAGUCGACAGACCCAUUAAAUGAGAAGAAAACCAUGGUGGGUUCCAGAGGAUGAACUGGCUUGGCUGGUUACCUCUAUUUUGUAAAAACAGAAAACUGGAGCCAUGCAACGGAAGUUUUUAUGCCCUUGUUGCAAAGAAACAGGACAGAUUUUCCACACGGCCUUCUUUCCAAAUGUUAGGUUCUUGUAACCUUUCCCCUCUCGAGGAAAACAUUUUGAUUUUACAUCUUCAUAGGCCUUCACACCACUGUAUGUAUAGUAGAUGGCAGGAACUACAUGUGUACACAUGCUGCUCUUUCUUCCUGCUGAGCUUACUUUCAUCUGUUACUUAUCAAGCAAUCCAUGCUCCUUUCUUGUGUUUGCCCUCAGGCAUGACUAA